AAUAAAAACUUUUUAAAUCUUACUAAUUCUAUGGCUAUAAAAUGAAUACAGGGUUAAAUAUAGGAUAUAAUUUUCAUGCAUAUAUACAGAAUUUUAUAUUGAUGUUGCAUUGUUUAGUUUUUAGUAAACAAAAAGUAAUGACAAGCAAAAGGAAAAAAUCCUCCAUUGGUUCAGAAAUUGAUGGACAAAUUGCUAGGGUCUGUUUGAAGAAUUUUUUGACGUACGAUGAGUGUGAAUUUGAACCUGGUAGUGGUUUAAAUGUUAUUUUGGGACCUAAUGGUACAGGGAAAUCAUCAAUUGUAUGUGCAAUAUGUCUUGGUCUGGGUGGUGCACCAUCUUUAUUGGGAAGAGCAAAAGAUGCAGGGGAUUACGUAAAACACGGUUGUAAGCAAGCAGUAAUUGAAAUAGAAUUGAACAAAUCUGAUGGAAACAUGAUUGUUAAGCGUGUGAUAACCAAAGGUAAAGGUAAAGAAGGAGUUCGUUCAAAAUGGUUUAUCAAUGGAAAAGAUUCUAACAAAGACACUGUUAUAGAUGCAGUUGGUAAAAUGAAUGUCCAAAUGAAUAACCUAUGUCAGUUCUUACCUCAAGACAAAGUUGUUGAAUUUGCUAAAAUGUCACAACAGCAACUUUUAGAAGCAACAGAAAAAGCGGUUGGGCCUCCUGGCAUGUACGAUGACCAUAUGGCAUUAAUCAACUUGCGGAAACAAUAUUCGGAGUUACAGAAUUCAAAAAAUGAAAAAGAGAACGCAAAGGAAAUUAUCGAGCAUCGAAAUUUACAACUGAAACGUGACGUUGAUCGACAUAAAGAAAGAGAAAAGCAUCAAGACAAAAUAGAAACAUUAAAUAAGAAAAAGCCCUGGGUUGAGUAUGAGAGUGCUCGAAUUAAAUUUAUGGAUGCAAAAAAAGAUAAAAUCAGAUUGGAAAAGGAAUUGAGUGAAGAGAAGAAAAAAAACGAGCCCCUGGAGAAAGAAAUCAAUAAAUCCAAAGAAGCAGUUAAAAAGUUUGAAUCGAAAGCAAAAGCAUUGAAUGAAGAUGGUGCUAAGACAGUAAACAUGGUAAAAUCUUUAAAUGACAAACUGGAGAAAGAACAAGACAAGAUUGAGGAAGUCAUGCAAGAAAAAAAACGGCUAAAAGAAGACGAAAAAAGAAGAGAAAGCAGGAUAUUGAAACUUCAAAAAGAUAUAGCAGCCCUUCAAGCAGAUUAUCAAAAAGCACCUGACCCUGAAGAAUUAAAGCCUACUAAUGAUGAACUCACCAAACAGAUUCGGGAACUUGAUAAAACAAUGAGUCAACUUUCAAAAAAUGGUCAAGAGUUGGAAAAUGAAUGCAAACAGACUAAAAUUCAAAUACAAAGUAUUAAAAAUCAAAUACGUGAAUUAGAAAGCUCCGACAAUCAACGGCUGGAAACUCUACGAAAAAUUGAUAAGAAGGCUUAUGAUGCUGUGUUAUGGCUUCGUGAAAAUAAGAGCAAAUUCAUUGGAACUGUGUAUGAACCAAUCAUGACGCAGAUAAACAUGAAAGAUAUCAAGGAUUCUGUUUAUGUUGAGUCAUUUAUUGGAUUUAAUGAUAUGAAAGCUUUUGUUUGUCAAAAUAGGCAGGAUCAACAUACAUUUUCCAAUCAGACUCGAGAUGUUCUAAAGCUGAACGUAGCAGCUGUAUGUCCACCAUCGGAUUCUAAAGAUGUUUACAUGCCUGAGAAUAAUCUAGAUGAAUUGGAACAAUAUGGCUUCCAACAAUAUCUUACUGAUUUAUUUGAUGCACCAAAAACUGUUAUGCAAUACUUGAAUGAAAAUUACCGGCUUUACAACAUUCCUGUUGGAAAUCAGCUCACAGAACGAAAUAGCACUCAAGUUAUCGAGAAAGUACAUGGUUUAUCUCAGUUUUGCACACCAGAAUCUAUGUAUACAAUCCGGAAAUCAAAGUAUAAACAAGAAAAAUCAACAAGUGUGAAUUCUCUAAAGAGAAAUGCAAACCUACUUAACGUUGGAGUUGAUUUGGAACUAAAGAAGAGUUUAGAUGGUGAACUAGCUGAGUUGCAAAAGAACUAUAACAAAUACUCCACUGAAUAUGAAAAGAUUCGCAAAGAACACGAAGUGUUAAAGAAACAACAAGAGAGGCUAAGGAGUGAAAAGAAAGAGCUUAUACAACAAAUGAGAAGACGUGCAACGAUUGACACACAAAUUGAAACUAAGAAAAAGCGUUUGGCUAAUGAAGAAAAAGAUGUUCCUGAUAUUGAAACAGAAGAGAGAAAAACAGCUAAAAGGAUAUCAGAAAUCAAUAAGAAAAGGAUUUCCCUUACAAAGGAAUAUAAAAAUCAAAUACAGAAAUGUGUUGACAUUGGAAAAGAAAAAUUGCUACUUACCAUCAAACAUGUUCAACAACGAAUUGAGCUCGAAAAUAUCGAACAAACAUACAGAGAAUCAUCAGAAACCUUAAGAUCUUUAGAGGAAGCUUUCGCACGUGUCGCACAGGCCUGCAUUAAUCUCAAAACGUCUGCUCGACAACUACUUAAGAGAGCACAAGAAAGCACAGGAGGUGCUAGUGAUGGAUCUAUUCCAGAUCAUCUCCAACAGAUAUUUGCAACUCUUCCUAACACCGUGGAAGAAAUUGAAGCGCUGAUACAUGAAGAACAAGCCCGUUUAAAUUGUCAGUACGAAAGUGAUCCGCAAGUCAUCAAGAAUUAUGAGCGUAACAAAAAGGAUAUUACUGCAUUGGGGAAAGAGAUCGAUGAACUGUCGAGUCAGUUGAAUGACUUACAAGAAAAGAUGGAUGAACGUCUUAAAAGGUGGUUAUUACCACUGGAGAAUUUGAUCUCACGUAUAAACGAGCAAUAUUGUGAUUUCUUCAAACGAAUGGGAUGUGCUGGAGAAGUUUGUCUACUAAGGGAUCCGGAUGAUGACUAUAAGAAGUUUGGUGUAGAGAUCAAAGUGAAAUUUCGCGCUGAGAACAAACUGAAAGCGUUGACAUCAACUUUCCAGUCAGGCGGAGAGAGAAGUGUCUCCACCAUGUUGUAUUUAAUAUCGCUUCAAGAGUUGACUAAAUGUCCAUUUCGAUUGGUUGAUGAAAUUAAUCAGGGUAUGGACCCCAACAAUGAAAGAAGGGUAUUUGAAUUGGUCGUGGAAACUGUAUGCAAGCCGAACACUUCGCAAUAUUUUCUUAUCACACCAAAGUUAUUGCCAGACCUGAAAUACAAAGAAGGAAUGACGAUUCUUACUGUAUUGAACGGUCACUGGAUGUUGCCGCACAAUCAGUUUAACGUAGCUGAUGUUAUACGGAAAAAGAAACGCUCCGCGAGAGGCGAUGUUAUGAUGUCACAAUAAUGAUGAUGAUAAUGAUGCACCAACUAUUGUGUAACAACUGGAUCUUAGAAUAUCUUCUGAUGAGAUAUCAGACUGAAAUGUUGUUGAAUACGUGAGUACAUUACCACAUCCAAUGAACGUAAUUUAUUGUAACUUCAGUGAACAUCUUGCACAGACCUUGAGGACUUGUAUAUAGACGGCUUGAUGUUGAACUAACGCUGUUAUUCUUGCUGACAAUGAUUUUUGUAUGUUAGCAAAUAAUCCAUGCUUUAUUUCGUCUGUGUGAUGUAUGCUUUCCGUAUGGUAUUAACUUCGUAAACUGUUUGGUCGAAUAAAGAAAGGAACUUUCGCAAAAGGCUCGUUCGUAAUUUUAGACCAAUUUUUUAUGAACUUUUUGUUACAAAUGUUUAAAAAUGAUUUGUUUUUUUUAUCAUUAAUAUUUUUUAGUAACUACACACGCUACUUCAAGACUUCCUUGAACAAAUAAUAACCAACUCCUCUGCCUAUUGCAGAAGGUCAUUCAUGCGAAAGGGGCAUUUUCUAUGAUUUUUUCUUUUGAUUUUGCGAUUUUUUGGAACCGUAAAAGUUUCUUCCUUUAAAGUACCUCUUUUUUGUAUUAAAUAUUUUUCCACAAUUCACUUCAAAACAAAGAUAGUAAUUUGGACUGUUGCAUGUAAUAAUUGGACGGUUGCAUGUAAUAAUUGUGUGCCAAAAUUUUAAACUCACUUUUUAAACUUUUAUUUAAAGAGGAUAGGGAAGGAAAUUAGCAAAACCCUCGUACUUGAAUCAUUGUUAUUUCAAACAAAUUACUCUUAUCUUGCGUUUUUAGUGUUUUUAGUGUUUUAGUUAAUUUUUUGAGGAUUAGAGACUGAUUUAAGAACACCGUUAUUUCGGAUUAAAGGUAGGAUAACGCCAUUUUAUUUUAAACCAUUUUGUGUAUAUGUAAGGUUUAUGUAAAUUUUUUGCCAAGAUAAACUCGGAUAAAAAUGUUUAUUUUUUUUAUUUACUGUUUCUUUUAAAAAAUUUUGGCAAUGUUGCAAAGAUACGUUGUGGAGUAUUCUUUGCAUGCCUCCAAUUUAUUGUGUGUGUUGUUUAUUUUGUGGCUCAAGUCUGAUUUCCACUGGUAACAUAAACAUCUCUGUGUGAAGAUUGUCAACAUAAAUAUGAGAACUCACACUGUGAAUGACAUAACAAAACUUUUUUUAUUCUUAUGCUUAUGUCAUGCUUAUUUUACGUCAAAGUAGAACACAACACCACAAUUCAAAAUGACCCCUAAACAGACUGCCUAAUAAAUCCAAAACCUAUUUAGUUUUCCCAUAACCCAUCGCUCCGGAAAAUAAAGCCAAGGUUCUCACAAGCAAAAUACCAAAGAUUUCAAAAUGUUUUAAUCUGCGCAGCCAUUAUCAAAAACGUGUGUUCUGCUUCCCCUCACCUUCAACUGUCUUCUUUAUCUGCAAAGUAAAACCCUCCGACGGAUUCUCUACCCUUUUACCACUUCCAUGGACCUUAUUCUAUAAUAAAUCUACGAACAAACUUACUGGUAUAAUAAACACCCAUAUCCAUUCCUCCCAACAACAUUUCCUUCUGCACAUUUUUAUACUCGUGCAACCGGCCACUAAUGAAAAGUCCUAAAGGCAAACUACGCCAUUCGAGUGAGUGCUUCAAACAUUGUUUAGUAACGAAAAAACGCUUCAAAACUUUGUUCAGUCAUGGUUUACCUGAAUCAGUUUAUUAUACAAAUUGUUUAUUUUCAAAUAAAUUUAUUUACCCUUUAGUCC